AACAACAUCGAUGUAUAACAUCGAUAUUCCUGAAUAUCGAUAUUCUACACGAUUUAAAUUUUGUAUACAAUGGAUGCAUUUGUUUGUAUUGAAAAGAGAAGAUUUGACUGCUUACAUUUUCACUCGGUAAUUGUUUAAAAUUAUUUGUUUUAAUAUGGACCAAGAAUAUUAUUCAUCUAUGUAUACCUGGUUUGAAAAAUCUGGAAUGAUAUCAAAUAUAAGAACACAUCUUCGUCAAAAUUUAAUUAACGCACUAAAAAAUAAAGAUCUUGGUUUGAAAAGUGACCAUCCAAAAUCUGCAAAACAGUAUGUUUACGAUUUACUGAUAGCAGAAUAUUUAUUUAAUCAUAAUUAUGCUUAUACCUUGUCCGUAUUUGCCAGCGAAGUACCUUUGUUAAUCAAUUUUUCUAAUAAGACAACUCAAAGAUCUGAUACAGAUAAAAAAAGUGUAAAUGAAAAACUACAGAACGAUUACAUAUUCCAUGUAUUAGAGACCUUAGGUAUUAAUCCUCACGAUACAAAAGGACAAUAUGUUAUAUCACAAUACAUUGAUAGUGAUAUGCCACUUUUAUUAUGCAUAUUAAAAUGUAUAACUAUGUUCUCAUACAAUAUGCACAACAAUGUACCCAUAAAAGAAAACACUACUCUUUGCAAUGAAUCUACACAGACAAAAUUUUCUUGGAUGUCUUAUAACUCGCAAGUAGAGAAAUUACUUGCACUAAAGAAGAAAAUAUCUGUGCACAAACAAAUAGUUAAUAACAAAAUACAUAAGAGACAAACAAUGUUGAAAGAACAAGCAUUACUUGUUGAACAACAAAUCGAAACACUAAAUGCGAAGCUUCAACAGGUUCAGAAUGUUAUGCAUUCAAUGAGUUUAAAAGAAAAAGAAUUAAACGAAAAAAGGCAGAGUAGUGAACAGAAAAUUCUACAGAAAGAGAUGGAGUUGGCAUUGAAAGAGAGAUUGUUAAUGCAAGAAAAAUAUAGACUUCAGAAAGAGCAAAAUGGUUGUAAGAAAUUGGAGGAGGAUUUAAGACAAUUACAAGAACAGAAAAAGGUAAUUGAAGAAUCUACUAGCCAACAUGUACAGAAUAUGGAAGUACAAACAGACUUUACGAUCAAUGCGUUGCAAGAAGAUAAAGUUAGGAUUCUUACUAAAGAAAAAGAAGAAUUAAAUGCUCUUAUACAAGAUCAACAGUUGAAAAUAGAGCAAAUAACUCAACGUGCUCUUCAGCUGUCUCGACAAAUAGAAGGAAUACGCGUGUUAAGGCCUACUAACACGGAAAUACCGACUCAAACUGCAAAUACAAAUACAGUCAUCAGCGAAAGUAGUUCAACGGAAGAUAUCCUUCAAGAUGCGAAAUUAAGACUGAAGCGCCUAGAGGAGGAAAGUCUGAAAGCAGAUCAGUAUUAUUAUAACUUUAUCAAUAAUUCACCGUAACAAUGAUUUGCAGUAACUUAAUAGCAGUACAAUGAAUAUUACAACGUGAAUAUCCACGAAGUACACUAUAUUUACACCAUAAUAUAUUUUAUAUUAAUUUAUUUAUAAAAUACCUAUGAGUUCGACGAAUAUAUGAGACUGUAAUUAUUUACCUCCGUUCUUAUUUAUUAUAAAACGACAUAAAAUAUCCCGAUUACGAAUCUCAAAUUGAAAUAAAUACGUGUCAAAGAAUGUUUUUUGUUACCUAGUUUAUUUUAUAAAAUUGGACGUCAAUAUAAUAUACAAAUUAUUCACUAUUUUUUUUCUUUAUUAUUUGAAUUCUACCUUAAUUACAUGCAACACCAAACGUAGUAUAUAAAAUGUGAAGUCAAAUUUUUUCCAGUGUUGUACAUCAUCUUCGUUUGGGAUCCGAACUCCUUCUAUUGCUGAGGAAUUAAGGAGAAUAAACUUCGUUUUCGCUGAGUUGAAUCGACAUAUUGGUAUUUCAAUCGAAUCACGUCGAUGCGCAAUGUAUAUUUGAAAAAGGAUAUUGUUUAUCUCUGCCCUCACGACCUUCCCGUUCAUGAGUACGUU